AUGGAAGAUGUCGAGACCGACGGGGAUCGUAGUUCUAGAUAUGCAGAUGAUGUGCGUUUGCGAUUUAAUUCAGAUGUGUCGAGUAAGAAAGUGAACGUUGACGAGCGAGUGGAUUCUGGUUUAGGGUCGCUGGGUUAUUGUUCUGCUGAUUUGAGUAGCCUGUCGUUUGUUAACCCAAGUGACGAACAGCAGGAAAAGGCGUCAGGUACCCCCACAGAUGUUUCGUCGGUGGAAUGUUCGCUUUCCAAAUUGAAUAUUUCCAAUAACAGCCGUAAUGACUGUGACCGUUUUGAUUCAGGACUUGAAGAAAAUGAAUUAAAAAGUGAACUUUCAGACAUUUCCAAGCCCGAACCGUACCAUUGGGUAUCGCCACAUUUCUCACCAGAAGAGGUUGUGCUUAUGUUUACAGAUGAUGAAGAUGGAGACAAGUAA